AUGAAUGUUGCUGAAUUGCGGCAUGUCAUUGAUAUGCAGAAGAAACAAGGUGGGCGACAGUACACAGCCCUGUGGGACACCAGCGUUGAUUGGUUUCGGGUCAGAGCACGCAUCGUCAACAACGACCUUGAUGCUCCGACCCUCCAAGAAGCUAGAAAUCCAGAUAGGGAAUAUAAUCGAAUGCCCCCAAUAUAUCAUCUGGACAACUACGAGAGUUGCCUGCAGCGCAGCGGUGAUGUCUACUGCACCACGCACUUCUCCCUCGUCUCCGAAGCUCCGAGCGAACUGUUGGACCUCAUACACGAGUAUUCCAAGGAUACAGCGACGCAUUUUAAUCACAGUAAACUGAGGUACGGGCUAUGUCUGCUGGAGAGUUGUGACAGCUAUCACACUAGAGAGGCACCCGUCACCUCUCAACUGCUGGAAGCGUGUCUCAACAGAACAUUCCGUGAUCAAUACAAUUUACAAACUAAAGUUACUAAGUUCUCUUGCAUCGAAUACAAUGAGACUGUCGAAACGAACUUUGGUGAUUUUUGUACGGUAAGACACAACUGGAGGCGUUUGAUCGAACCUUACGAAGUCGAGACAGAUAGUAAUCGUCAAAUUUUCAAAUCAUUGCACGGCAUAAGGGUGGUAUUGGUCAGUUUAGUUAUACUAGGGCACAGCCGGGUACCUCACGUGACAACUAUGAAGGAUUUAAAAUUAAUUGAGGAGAGUUACAAAGAUAUAUUUUUGUAUAUAUUUCUGAACGGCAAUAUAAUUGUACAAACAUACUUCGUCAUCUCGGGAAUGUUACUCGUAUACAAAUUGCAAUGUUAUAAUGAAAGAUAUAAGAUUGAUUUUCAUUUAAUACCGAAGCUGAUUUGGACAAGGUGGCUCAGAUUAGUUCCACCGCAUGCCUUUGUCACAUUGUUAACUGCGUCUUGGCUGAGACAUACUAAAUCAGGACCUCUAUGGGAGACAGCUAUUGGUGAUGAGAUAAGAGACUGCCAGGAACGCGGUUGGUUGGGCCUUCUAUACUUGAAUAAUUUCCUUUAUGAUGCUCAAUGCAUACCACAUACAUGGCAUUUAUCAGCGGACACGCAACUUUUCUGCUUCGGAGUUGUUUUCUAUUUGAUGGCAAAAAAUAAAAACAGAAAUCUUCUGCUCGCAUUAACCUUUUUAGUGGGACUACUAAUUCCAGGAGUAAUAACGUACAUACGAAAUUUAAAUCCAUUAAUAAUUCUCUCUCCUUCAACUAUAGGCACCUUCUUCGGAAAGGAUCCAACUUUUAACGAAGUGUAUAGACAAGCCUAUACGAAUGUGCCAAGCUAUGCUAUAGGAUUGACUCUUGGAUACUUAAUAUAUGAUUUACAAAGAAGCAAUUUUCAAAUAGAAAAAUACAAGGUAAGUUAUCAACAUACAAGUACACAAAGCGACACAAAUAUAUCUUGA